ACACUAUUUAUGCAUGCUGUGUUGUGCUUUAGUGUAGUGCAUUAAUUCUAUCUCUUCAUAAAAAUUUCAAAUUCAUUGUUCUUUCAAAUCAUGCAGCAAUCACAACCGGUCAGCAAAAAAGUCACAAUCAGUACCACCCAUCCGAAAGCAAACAAAUCCUCAUUAACUGACCUAUCCACGUUGUCCCGAUUCAAGGACCUUACCUUAUCUGGACAAAAAUCGCUGGAUGAAAGUUCCCUUCAAAAUUCCGACACUCCCAAAGAUAGCGGCAAUGAAAGCGAAAACGAAAUAGAACUUUCCGGAUAUCGCCGGGUACGGACCGUAGGACAAGGCUCGUUCGGAGUUGCCGUUCUGUACGAACGAUUGUCGGAUGGUCAGGUGGUGGUGAUGAAGCAAAUCAACCUGUCCGACCUGACCAAAUCCGAAAGAGAUUUGGCGAUGAACGAGGUGGAAGUAUUCUCCAAGCUGCACCAUCCGAACAUCAUUGCCUAUUUGGGGAGCUUUGUUCGGGGAGAUUGUCUGUUUAUAGAGAUGGAAUAUGCCGAUAAGGGUACCCUGGCUCAGAUAUUGAUCGAAAAGAGUCAAGGUGAACGUCUACCGGAACGAUUCAUACUGAACAUUUUUGAGCAGAUCACGAGUGCAAUCAACUAUAUGCACUCGCAGAACAUUCUGCAUCGAGACCUGAAGACGGCUAAUGUGUUUCUGAACAAACGCGGGAUCGUCAAGAUUGGUGACUUUGGUAUCUCGAAGAUCAUGAAUACUAGGAUCCAUGCUCAAACCGUGCUGGGAACUCCGUACUACUUCAGUCCGGAGAUGUGCGAAGGUAAAGAGUAUGACGAGAAGAGCGAUAUCUGGGCAUUGGGGUGCGUAGUGGGAGAGAUGGCCUGCUUCAAAAAGGCCUUUACCGCUUCGAAUCUUUCCGAACUCGUUUCGAAAAUUAUGUCCGGGAAGUACGUUCCCCUGCCAGAUGGGUACUCAGACACCCUGAAGCACGUUCUUAGUCUAAUGCUACAAAUUAAUCCCGCGGAUAGACCUUCCGCCGACGAGAUCCUCCAAUACUGGAUACCGCUCAUCUACCGAAACUUGGGAAAGAACGAUGGAUUCAAAUACGUUGCUGUCGAUUAUGAUAGCAAAAGCUCAAUGAUGUCAACAUCAAAAGAUAAAACAUCUUCGCUGAAUUCGGCAGUAACUGCUCCGCUGAUGGGAACUGCCACCCGAGAUUAUAUGGAAGCGUCGACCGCUACCACCAGUAAUCUGCCUUUGGUGGAACGAUCAGUGCUGUAUCAACUCAAAUCGUUCGGGAGUGCUACAAGUUUGAUCCCGCUGCAGUUGCCACCGACUGGGAAAAUACGGCAAAUUGCUACCAAUGGGGCGCAUUUUGUAGCCGUUAUGUAUGAUGGCUCCGUAUUUACAUGGGGAGAGGGUAAUAAGGGCCAAUUAGGUCACAAUGCUCUGGAAACGUGGCGUCACUAUCCCACAAGAGUGGAUGCAAUACAGCGAUACAACAUAAUCGGUGCCGCUACCGGAAAUGGUUUCACGAUGUUCUGGACCAAUUUGGGUGUCGUCUUGAGUUGCGGUGACAAUUCAUCCGGAUGCCUCGGUCAUGGCAACCAAAUUUCGCUCCUGGUUCCGAAGAUUGUACAGAAGUUGAACAACAUUCGCAUCAGGCAGGUGGCCUGCGGUUCACAGCACGUGGUCGCUCUUUCGGACGGAGGUCAUCUGUAUACCUGGGGUUCGAGCAACGAUGGCGCUUUGGGGCUUGGUAAACAGAUGCUGGUCAGUGCCGAACCUCGUCGGUUGAUCGUUUCGCAGAUGAUUCAGAAUAUCCGGGAUAUCUACUGUGGACCAGAUUGCACGGUGAUACUGACCGAAGGUGGUUCUUGUUACUGCUGUGGUAGUAACAGAUACAAUCGAUUGGGAUUCGGAACGAAGAUAACCCAGCUGACGGCUUUACAAAAAGUGACGUUCGUUGCAGAGAAGAUAUUGAGUGUAAGCGUGGCGGAAACUUUUGGAGCUUUUUUAAUUGAAGGAAACUAUGUCAUUACCACUGGAGAGAAUAACAAUGGGCAACGAGGGUUAGGACAUGCAGAUGAGAAUGGAGAGCCGACAAUGGUCAAGAGUUUAAUGUCGCGAUUCAUCACGAAAAUAAAAUGUCAUUCAACGUACAUGGUGGCCAUUUCGGACGACAACUGUGUGUUAUUUUGGGGCACGAGACUAGGUAUUCCGGAAACGGAUGUAAAUUCUUCCUUGGAAAAUUCGACAAACAACAAUCAUCCCAACAGGGUACCCGAUUGCACAUCGAUUGGGAAUAGUACAGCUGCAUUUACGAACUUCUUGACAUCGGUUUACAAAUAUGAGACCAUCUUGGAUCCCAUCGAUAUAUUGGCGCUCUAUUCAUCUAAAGAUCAACAAAACAAAGGCAGCAUUGUAAAGUUGAUGGACAUCCACCCCUUGAUGCACAGUGUACUGAUACUAGUUGAUACCACAUGUCCUCUUGUUUGAAUCAUCAUACAUAAUGUUAGUGUAUUUUGUAUUGAAUCAUUUCGAUUAAUAAAUUUUUAUCUAGUUAUUUUAAAUA